AUGGAGAGAAGGCACAGUGCCGAAGGCCUUGAAGUCGCGCGAUUCCAAGGCCUGGAAUAUAAUGGAGACGCCGCCGGUCUCCAGUAUGUACCUCCGGAGAUCGCGCACAAUAGCGCAGCAAACACUCCGUAUACGAUCGAGCAUCUUCCGGAAAAGCAGAGUCUGCAGCGCAGAAUUUGCGGCUUACCAAGAACCGGUUUCUGGAUAUUACUCGCGUUAACCACAGCGUUCAUUAUUGGUGGUGCUAUUGGUGGAGGAGUGGGUGGCUCAAUCGCAGCGAAAAAGAGCAACAGCCCACCGUCACCCGCGUCAACGACAGCUUACACAACUUCAUCCGAUCCAGUUAUAUCUGCUACUCACUCUGAGCGAUCGAUAACGGCUUCGGCAACUUCUUCUGCUCCGGUUACAUCUGGCACAAGUGGCAUAGCCGCUAACCCGUGCCCGGGAAUCAAUCAAACUAUAGUGACGGGGUCCACGGGCUCCGCGUUUACUGUUCUGUGUGGUGUUGAUUGGCCCAGGGGUAUCCAAGCCAUGAACGGCAAGGGAAAAGUGAGUGAUAUUGGUCGCGCGACUGUGUACUCUAUACAGGAAUGCAUCAACACCUGCCUUGACUCCAACAAGGAUGAUUGCAAAGGUGUAACUUAUUCGGCCAAUUUGACAUCCUCAUUUGAGGGUGGACAAGAUGGAAACUGUUUCUUCAAAGAUCAAGCUGGCAUAUAUUUUCCAGGGGGUGACACCAUCAUAUCUGCAGGAAUUAUUGGGGGUUAA